GGGUUUCCCCCAUUCUUAUGUGUUAUUAUUAGAUCUAGAAGCAAUAAUAAUAUUUACAUUUAGUGAUUUACUUAGGCCCCACGUCAUAUAUUCACAUUAUAAUUAAUACGGUUUUAUGCUAUGAAACACCAUAUGCCACAUAUUAAAGUGUAUAAACUUUUGGUAAAAAUUUUUUUAAACUUUAAACAAACUGAUGGAUGAUGACUUCGAGUACAAGCCGUGAACAGAAUGCAUUUAAAAAUCAACUUUUGAUGAAGGAUACUCCAGAUAUUUCUGAUUUGACAUCUGGUUUAAGAAGGAAGGCCAAUGGUAGCCGUUAUUAUGUUGGUGGUGUUGAUAUAUCUUUUGUAAAGUCAAGUAAAGAGGAUGCCUGUGCCUGCCUCUGUGUUUUACAAAUGCCAGAUUUAGAGAUGGUGUAUGAAAAGAUGGAGAUGGUAAAAAUGACCCAACCCUACAUUCCUGGAUUUUUAGCUUUUCGUGAAGUACCAGCACUUUUAAAAUUGUACAGGGACCUUGAGGCUAAUGCACCCGAGUAUAAGCCAGAUGUAAUUUUGGUUGAUGGGAAUGGUACUUUGCAUCCAAAAGGUUUUGGCCUUGCUUGUCAGCUGGGUGUAAUCCUAGGAUUACCUACCAUUGGGAUAGCUAAAACUCUUAUCUCAGCACAAGGGGUAGUUGAUGAUCAGCAACACAAAAUAAAGAAACAAAACUUGUACCAGGCUGGUGACUCAUUUGAUCUUGUCUCUGAUACUGGGGAAGUUUUGGGACAGUGUGUUCGUGUUCAUGAUAAAGCACCAAACCCUGUUUAUAUUUCUGUUGGGCAUAUGAUUAGUCUGAAAUCCUCUGUAUGGAUAGCACUAGAGUGCAGUAAAUAUAGAACUCCUGAGCCUAUUAGACGAGCUGAUUUAGACUCAAGAGAAUAUCUGCGCUGUGAAAAAAAAGAACCUUAUGAGAUGAUUGCAUAACUUUUAUGACAAACCUAUAUGAAUUUGACCAGAAGAUAAGUUGGCUGCACUUGCAAGCAUAAUUAUUUUUUAAAAAGGUGCUUACAUUGUAUGCAGUCUCAAUAGAGUAGCCGCACUCACUGCACCUACAUACCAACACCAUCCAGUGGAGUAUGCAGAUUUUUCAGUUUCUAAACAGAAAAUCAACCAAUGAAAUAAUUUAAUUAAAGACUUAAAUUCUGCAAACUCCCUCUAUUGGUUGAAGUUUUAGUGAAUACAUCUAGCUUGCAGCAUAAUUAAUUAUGUAGAUUUGUAUUUGCCUUGUCAUCUACCUCCUAGAUGGACUUUGUGAUACACUUCACAAAAUUGAUCACUUAUAUUGUUAUUCACACUAAUAUAUCUUGUAAUGUACCAGUUGUAAGCUAAUAAAAAUAAUCAUCAGUUUAGAUCUGAUAACCUGCUCUUUUGAAAUUCAGAUGAAACUGUAGUUACUUGUUUUAGUUUUUUUAAGAUCUAUUAUUUUUUAUUACACAUGUAUUUUGUCGUGAAAGCACUUUUAAUAAUCGAUGGGAUGGUAAGGUGGUAGAGCGCUUGGCUGCUAAUGUAAAAUUCAAUAGUUCAAAUCUUGGACUUGCCUCUGCAGGAUGUGCUUGAGUCUACCUAGCUCCAAUGGGUAACUGGCCUAUGUCAGUAAAGGUGACUGUGCAUAAUUCUUUAUAUGUACUGUGAUAUUGACUUUAUGCCAGAAAGGGUAAACUUAAUUAAUGGAGUUGAAGAUUUACUGUUAUUGUAGUUGUAAUAAACUAAAAGUAGAUGAAAAACAAAAAAAUUAACUAUAUU